AUGACGAGCGCGGCACCCGAAUCAGGGACCCUGGGCCUUCAUUUUGGCAAUCGGAAUUUCGAUGUUGAGGAUGCAACUUCUAUCCGUGUCCACGUAGAGAGUCUUGCGCCGCAUCUUUAUCUUGGAUCUGAUGGUCCACUAGACAUCAGGAGAGAUUUACUCCAACAGCUAUUGAGUUUAAUGAACGAAGACAUUGGCUACCAGUUGGUUGAGAUUUCCGAGUGUGAGGUCAGGAUUCGAGGCGUUUCCCUUCAAGUUUUUCUCUGGUUUCGGGAUUGGGUCGAUAGGAACAAGCCCCUCGAAGCGCUGGAUGCCGGGAAUGGAUACGACGAUCGAUACGGUGAUUGCUUUCUGAUCGACUUCUACCUCUUCGCGUACGCGCCUUCGUCGGACGCGCAUCUCGCAGACGGGCGCACAAUGAAGGACCUCCGGCGUGACCUUAUGCGAUGUUUCCUACGGCGGUUCGAGAGGGGCAUCACCCCGAAGGAGGUCGAUCUGAGGAAACUGUAUGAGAAAGCAGAGGAUGACCCGUUGGUGGAGUUCACAAUUCCUAUGAUGCUACACAUGAAACUUGAGAGCGAUAUCGAUUUGAACGAGUGGGCUAAGCUCACUUAUCGCUGUACGUAUGUCAUCUGCCAAAUGAGGGACAAGGUCUGUCUCCAGGAGCAGGAAAAUGUGUUACCUCUGAAAGAUGAGGAGCUCGACUCACUCAGGGAGGUUAUUAUGAAACUCUGGUCUGAACCUUGGUGGAAGUGGGAGAAGAAGCAUUGCAUCACCUUAGCUGCCCACAUGAAUCAAUACUUACGAUGGAUCACGUGGAACAACAAUAGAAAGGUUGUCGUCGAAUGA